ACGAAACACAUGAAAGAAUAAAACUCUUAAAGUUAUCAAGUAAUAGUUGAAUAUUUAUAGAGUAUAAAUCCUCCGAGUGAUAAAGGAAGCCAAGUUUAUUUGAAAUAGUAAAGACCCAGAACUGUCUGGUUGAGAAAUGUUGUUGGUUGUUUGAUUUUCCAGAACCGUAUGGUUGAAUCUAUGAAGCUUUUCGACUCUAUAUGUAACAACCAGUGGUUUAUACGUACUGCCAUGAUUCUGUUUCUUAACAAGAAGGAUUUAUUUGAAGAAAAGAUAACUCGGUCACCACUGACCAUCUGUUACCCAGAGUACACAGGAACUAACUGUUAUGAAGAGGCUGGUGCCUAUAUCCAGAAAAUGUUUGAAGACCUUAACAAACGGAAAGGUACUAAAGAAGUUUACACUCACUUUACCUGCGCUACGGAUACAAAUAACAUACAGUUUGUGUUUGAUGCCGUCACAGAUGUUAUAAUCAAAAUCAAUCUUAAAGACUGUGGUUUAUUCUAAUUUUUCUACACGUUUUAGGGACCUUUUGUUAACGUAAUGUUUGCUCACAACUUGUUGAACAGCCUUUACAUUUCAGUAGUAAAAUAAACAGUUCUAGAAUUAUUUUUAUAAACACCAAACUUGUGAUCAGGUUUACUAAGUACAAAAACUCUUUUUUUUUAAUAUUUAGUGUAACAACCAGUAUUUUCAUUAUCACCUGGACAUUGAUUUGGUUUUAAUACAUAAAUUGUUUGUAGCUAGGCUUGUUUUGAUGAUGUAAAUAAAACAAGAAACUUGUUCUAAGUGAACUUCAUGGAGCAUAAUAAUUGGUCGAGUUUUAAUUUCAUUUUUAAUAUCUUACUUUAUAUGUGAAAAGUGUUUAACCAGUUUUCUUUUAAAUCUUAAUAAUAUGUGUGAGGUAUUAAGCAUUUUGUAAAUAAAAAUGUCUUGGUCAUUUGUUAGUGAAAAUACCUAAUAUGUAUUAUUAUAAACCAGAAACUGUAAGGUGAAACUUAAAAAGUGCCUUAAAUACAAAAGUUAAUACAUUUUGAAAGUAUGUUUAACCUUUGCUGUUUUAUUUACCUGAUACUGCUUAUUUGUAUGAUUGAAAAUUGUAGAAAAACGUUUUAUAAAGAAAAUAUUUUAUCUUUAUAUUAAAAUUCUUA